GGUGGGUUUAAAAACAUUUCCGGAAGAUCAGUUUUAAUUCUUGUAUGUUUUUCUCCAGACUGUCUUCUACCCUGAAUAUUAGAUAUACAUUUUCGGUGCGAUGCCAUUCAGUAAUAUGUUCCGGGCAGCCUGGUCCUCUGAGGAGAGGCUGGACGGUAAAACCGUGGUGAUCACCGGAGCCAACACCGGCAUCGGGAAGGAGACAGCCAUCGACCUGUCCAAGAGAGGAGCCAGGGUCAUCAUAGCAUGCCGGGACAUGGAGAAAGCGAAGGCAGCUGUCAAGGAAAUUAUCGAGAGCUCCGGAAACGACAACGUCGUCUGCAAAAAGCUUGACCUGUCAGACACCAAGUCCAUCAGGGAAUUUGCUGAAGGCAUCAAUCAAGAUGAGGCGAAACUCAACAUCCUCAUCAACAACGCCGGCGUGAUGGUGUGUCCUUAUGGGAAAACCGCCGAUGGCUUUGAGAUGCAGAUUGGUGUCAAUCACUUGGGUCAUUUUCUGCUCACGUACUUGCUGCUCGACCUGAUUAAGAAGUCGGCCCCGGCCCGGAUCGUCACCGUGUCGUCGUUGGCUCACUCCUGGGGCUCCAUCUACUUGGAUGACAUCAACAGCGAGAAGAGCUACGACAAGAGCAAGGCCUACUCUCAGAGCAAGCUGGCCAACGUCCUCUUCACCCGCUCACUGGCUAAACGCCUGGAAGGCACCGGAGUGACGACCUAUUCCCUCCAUCCUGGCGUCGUUCAGACUGAUUUGUUCCGCCACCUCAACGGCCCUCAGCGGUGCUUCAUGAAGGUGGUCAGUCCUUUCACCAAAAACUCUGUGCAGGGAGCUCAGACAACAAUUUACUGUGCUGUGGAGCCAAAGCUGGCCAAUGAGACCGGUGGAUACUACAGUGACUGUGCUCCUACCAGCCCCUCCCGGAAAGCCAAAAACGACGAGCUGGCGCAGAAGUUAUGGGACCUGAGCUGCAACAUGCUCUCCAUCACAUGGGAUUAAGGCUGUAAAAACACUUAUAUUUUACUGAAAUAAUUCUAAUUACACUAAUUAAUCUCACUCAGGCCGUCUGCCAGGGAGUAAGGUUGUACUAUCUGUACUUUGCAUUUUACAAAGUAGCAUUUUCUUAAAUAAAGUUUAUAUUGUUUACUAUAUGACAAUAUCCAAAGAAUUUUGAUGCAAGCCUUUUUAAUAUUUAAAGCUCGUGUCCGGAGUUUUGAAAGAGAGAGGUUUUUUUUUUUUAAUCCAAUGUCUC